CAGGGGGCGGGGCUUUGCAACAUGGACCAUAAAUAGAACAGUUAGAGAGCGCACCAUACAUCUUCAGACAAGAGUUGACCUAAUAAAAAGACUUCACAACAAGAGUUGUUCAAACAAAGAGAUGAAGCCAUUUCCUCCCCUCCUGGCAUUGGGAUGGUGCCUGAUGUUCAGCCAGCCAGCCCUGUCUACAGAGGAAAGUUUGGGUGGCCCUUUCAUUCACAGUUCAGUGGAGGAGGCAAAGAGACUUGUAGAUGAAGCAUACAAGUACUCCCGAGAAAAGAGUCUGGAGAGAGUGCGUGGGCAGUCCACCAGGCCCUCUGAUGUCCUACGUCUCCUGAAGCAGCCUGCCAGGGACACACGCUCUGCUGUACGGUCUGCAGACUACCUGGAGAACACCCUGAGACUGAUCCAUGAGAAAGUCCACAGCACGCACAGGCUGCACAAACGCUCGCUCAACGCAACAGACCUGCUUACAGCAGAGCAGCUAGACACCAUUGUCCGGGUAACUGGCUGUGCAGCUCGUGUCAGCAAACCCUCCUGCCACAGCACACCCAACAUGAACAAGUACCGCACAGCCACCAGCGUCUGCAACAACCUGAAGUUCCCUCGUCUUGGAGCCUCAAACACCCCCUUCACUCGUUGGCUGCCUGCUCAGUAUGACGAUGGGGUCUCUCGACCCAAAGGCUGGGACCGAAACACGAGCAUCAACAACUUUGUGCUCCCUCUGGUAAGGGAGGUCUCUAACCGUAUCCUGGCAACCAAUGACUCUGGUAUAGUGAACGAUGGCGAGUACACACACUUUGUCACCCUCUUUGGCCAGUGGAACGACCAUGACCUGACAUUCACGCCCUUCUCUCCCAGCAUCCGCUCCUUCAGCAACGGCCUGGACUGUAACGAGAAAUGUGAGCGCUCCGAGCCCUGCUUCCCUAUCCAGAUUCCUCCCAGAGACCCACGCUUGCCCACUGGCCCAGACAGCUGCAUCCCAGUCUUCCGAUCAGCGCCCGCAUGCGGCACAGGAGAGUCUGCUUUCAAUUUCGGUGGCGUGGCCACGAAGAGGGAGCAGAUCAAUUCACUGACGGCCUUCCUUGACUUGGGGCAAGUGUACGGCUCUGAGGAGGGGUUGGCACGUGACCUCCGUGACCUCACCAACAAUGGGGGCCUGCUGCGUGUCAACAAAAACUUCACAGACAAAGGGCGCGAGUUUCUACCCUUCACUAAGUUGAAGGGGAACAUGUGUUUCACCCGCAGCAGAGUCACCAAUGACACCAAUGCCAGAGAGGUGCCCUGCUUCAUUGCAGGUGAUGCCCGUGUGGAUGAGAACAUAGCAUUAACAUCCAUUCACACAAUGUUCAUGCGUGAGCACAACCGUCUGGCCCGUGCCUUGAGUCGUCUCAAUCCACAAUGGGAUGCUGAGACACUCUAUCAGGAGGCUCGCAAGAUCAUGGGCGCCUACACCCAGUUGUUUGUCUUCCGGGACUACCUGCCGCACAUCGUGGGCCCAGAUGCCAUGGCCCGGCAGCUGGGCCGUUACCCUGGAUACAACGAGAAUAUUGAUCCCAGCAUUGCCAACGUGUUUGCUACAGCAGCCUACCGCUUUGCCCACCUGGCCAUCCAGCCCAUUCUGUCCCGCCUGGACAGCAACUACAUGGAGAAUGCCAUGUUCCCCAAUGUGCCUCUGUUCAAGGCCUUCUUCACCCCCUGGAGGCUAGUUUUUGAGGGUGGUAUCGACCCUCUGAUCCGUGGUCUGGUGGGUCGCCCAGCAAAGCUGAACACCCAAGAUCACAUGUUGGUGGACGCUGUGAGGGAGAGACUCUUCCAGUUUGUAGAACACCUGGCUCUGGACCUGGGCUCCCUCAACAUGCAGCGUGGACGCGACCAUGGCCUGCCUGGCUACAAUGCUUGGCGUACAUUCUGUGGGCUCUCAACGCCUAGGAACGAGGCCGAGCUGGGUGCAGUUCUGAACAACAGAGACCUGGCCCGCAGACUGCUGCAGCUCUACGGCACCCCAGCUAACAUUGACGUGUGGAUGGGGGGCGUGGCUGAACCAUUUGUACGCAGGGGCCGCGUAGGGCCUCUCUUUGCCUGCCUCAUCGCCACCCAGUUCCAGAGGAUCCGCCAGGGAGACAGGCUGUGGUAUGAAAACCCAGGCGUCUUCACUUCGGCACAGAGGGCUAGCCUGAGUCGUGCCUCUCUGGGUCGGAUCAUCUGUGACAACACUGGCAUUUUGACCGUGCCGCGUGACCCCUUCAGAAUCCCUGAUAAUGGGAACAACAGACUCAUCAACUGCAGCACUAUCCAGCAAUUAAACCUCCAAUCCUGGAGGGAGAGACCUACAGAGGCCAAACAACAGAACCAGGACCAUAACCAGCAGGAGGAUCAGAACCAGGAGCAACAACAGGACCAGGACAAUGAGAUCCCCUGAUUUGAGGCCCGCUUGACCCUCAGGACCCAGCAGCAACCCAACCCUGCAGUUCUACACUUUCCAUUAUAUGUAUUGAACUACAUUUAGAAGGAAACAUUUUAUGGUAAUGUUUAAAAUAUAAAUAUAAACAACAAAGUAGAAAUACAAAAGUAACACACUUAUUAAGCUUGAUACAUAUUACUGUAUACCCAUAUUUCUUUAUGAGCAUACAAAAAUACAUAGUAGCUUUUUAUUAUAUCAAACUAGGUAGCUGGGGUUCUCAAUUUUCUCACACGGAAAUAUCACAUUCUUUAAAGGGGCAAUCAAAUAAUAACAAUAACAAAGCGGUCGCCCACAACUGUUUUGGUAAAUUGCUGGGGGAUGGGGCUGGAGCUCUCAAAUCUCCAACAGAGAUAUGACAUUUCUAGAUUCAUAUAAUACAUUUUGGCAGGAGUGUAGUAAGUCUUAUGAAUUAUCUUGAAUUGCAAUAAUGUAUGUCUAAGGUUGUAGGAGCAGGUAUGAACAUUUUCACAUAUCUGUGAUCAAUAGUUCUCCUCAAUUUCUUCCUUCAGAUCUGUUUAAAUGUUCCUUAUAGGUUCUGAACUAUCAGGUAGAGUUUCAAUCAACCCUUGAUAUAACUUGGCAAUCAACUUCUUUGGCAGAGCAGCUUCUUUCAGUAUUUAUGCUAUAUGCCUUAGGUUAAUCCAAAUUCUGUUGAAGUGAAUGAAUAAGAUUUCUUAGUUGUAAGAACUUAAAGAAAUUGACCAUGAUUUAACCCACAUUUUUCUUGUUAUCGAUUGAAUGACAGUAGAGAGCCAUCAUAGCACACAUGUUCAAAAUUCACAUGCCACUUUGGAACCAGGACUUAAGGGUGUUGUAAUUAAACGCUGGAGGUAAUGUGGGAUUGUUCCAAAUAGGGGUGCCUGGCGAUAUAGUUUUCUUUGCAUUAAAAAAUAUAUAUAUUUGCAUUCUUCUAUCUGAUAUUUUGUUAUGCCAUUGUUACUGUGACUUUGUAUGUGUUGUUCACUCAUUCCGUGUCAACAAAUCAAGGAAUACUGUAUGAAUUUUUUUUAUGCAUUUAUUUGUGCAAAAGGAAUGAAAAAGAGGACUUUAUUUAAAAAAAAUCUAAACGUUUACAAAUUAUAAAGUAAAUUUAUAAAUAAACAAAAAUGAAAACUAGCGCUGAAUUCCUCUAUAUGGAUCUACUGUAAAUUAACAGUUCUAGUAACAUAUUUUUUAUAAUUGUGUAAUUAGUUUAUUAAAAACAAUCUUAACAUUGUUCGGUGAGAUGUUCAAGUCAGUUAUCAACUGUUUUAUAUAUAUAAUGAAAAAAACAAAUAUUAUACAACAAAACUAUAGAAAUUAAGAUUCUGCACACUUCCUGAAUUUAGUGCUUAUUUAAAUGUGCGCUGCACUUGUAUCCUUUUUCUCUGCCGCUUUUUAUGGUUUAUUUCACAAAUAUUGUAUUUUUAUUGAAACACUGUAAUCAUGUGUUUUAUUGCAUGAAUAUGAACUGCAUCAGAAAAUAAACAUUCUUAACUAAGACGGCAAAA